UCCGUGUCCGCUCUUUCGCUGCUUCGCCGUGUCUGUUAGAAAUCUGAAGUCCAGCACUGAGUCGGGCUUCUUCACUCAGCUCCCCGAGUUCAUAGCUGUCUGUGUGGAAGCUGAACGCAGGGUCGUUGGCCUCUGCGGUGAAAUCAACAUGGCUCCGCUGAAGUUCUGUGCGAAUAUUUCCUGGCUCUUCACGGAACUGCAAGACUUCAGCCACAGAAUAUACGCGGCUGCCGCGGCUGGGUUUCAGGCUGUGGAGGCAGCCUGGCUCUACGACUGCGAACUGCAGGAGCUCCAGAGGGCUAGAGAGGCUACAGGAGUGGACGUGGUCCUUAUCAACACUCCGCCCGGAGAUGUAAAGGCAGGGGAUCUUGGUCUGGGAGCGAUUCCUGGCAGAGAGGCUGAGUUCAGACAGGGUCUGGAUCUGGCUGUGAAGUAUGCAAAAGCUUUGGACUGCAAAAGGAUCCACCUGAUGGCAGGGAGGGUUCCUGUGGGCUCACACAGGACAGCAGUUGCCAAGGAGAUGGAGGCCAUCUUUGUACAGAACCUAAAUUAUGCUGCUGAUGUCCUCUCAAAGGAAGGAAUCACUGGUUUGAUUGAACCAAUUAACACGAGGAUCACAGAUCCCAGGUAUUUCCUGGACUCUCCUCAUCAGGCGGCAGGAAUCCUGGAGAAGGUUGGGAGGCCGAACAUCAAGCUGCAAAUGGAUCUUUUUCACUGGCAAAUAAUGGACGGAAACCUGACAGAGAACAUACACAAGUAUUUCCCCAUGAUUGGUCAUGUUCAGAUCGCUCAGGUUCCAGGCAGGAAUGAGCCUGACAGCGCCGGAGAGCUCAACUACAGCUAUCUGUUCAACACUCUGGAGACAUACGACUACCAGGGAUACAUCGGCUGUGAAUACAAGCCACUAGGCUCCACACAGCAGGGUCUGGGUUGGAUCAAGGAUUACUGGACACACAGGAAGUGAGGACACAGGUGACUCAACCACAAACCUGUGAAUCCGAGUCACUGAGCGAUUAAUGACAGUUAAAGACCCUCUGAUGGAAAUCAACUGUUUAACAUCCACAUGAUGUUUUUAUAUAAUACAAGACAUAUGAGUGAAAUAAUCGUCAACACCAGUGUUUCCACCUUGAACUGCAGUGAACCAAUGACAGUCUCAUAAAAACAGAUUCAGACAGCCAGGGUUUCAUACGUCACAAACCUAAGAAACCAAUCCUGGGAGGCAGAGGUUAAACAUGUUAUAGGGUGAUAAUAAUAAUAUAUGAUAAAACUAUAAAAAUCUUUAGGUUACCAGAUAUAUCAGUUCCCAGGUGAGA